AUGUUCAUAGCACAAAAAUGUGAAAACAUUAACUGUUUUAUAACCUAUGAUAAGAAUACUCUGACACAUGACGAGGAUUAUGACGCAGUAGUUUUCGAUAUUGAUAACCUCAAGAAAAUAGAUGUUGAUCGUGUUAAUUUAACUAGAUCACCCCAACAAAUAUACAUAUUUCGGUCUUCAGAAGCUCCAGAAAAGUAUCCUAUUUGCAAACAUGAUUUAGACCAUUUUUUCAACUGGACGUGGACUUACAAAUUAAAUUCUGAUAUACCACAACCUUUCUUUAAUAUUUAUAGCAAAAAUAAUACUCUUGUUGGACCUAAAAAAGGAAUGAAAUGGAUUGAAAAAAUGCAGCGUAGCGAUCAAUAUUCUACAAAAAUGCUUAAAAAAAGUAAAGCAGUUGCUUGGAUUGUAAACAAAUGCAAACUGAAAAGUAAACAUCAAGAUUUUAUUGACGAGUUAAGAAAUGAAUUAAAAGGUUAUAAUUAUACAGUUGAUCUUUUUGGCUCUUGUGGUACACACAAAUGUUUUGGUACGGCUAAAUGCAAUAAGAUGAUCGAAAACAACUACUACUUCCAGCUUGUGUUAGAAGAGCAUUUUGCAGAAGAUUACGUGACUGACAGUAUUGUAAACACUAUGUCACAUCUUACUAUUCCUAUCGUCAUUGGAGCUGGGGAUUAUCGAAAGUUAGAAUCUUUUCAAAACUCGUGA